GUCUUUUUACGCGUCCUUCUUUCCUCUUCCUUAGCUCCCUCCCAGUUCCUUCCCUCGUAAAUACCCUCUCCUUCAUACCCCUUCAUCCUUUGCUUGUUUUAUUAGCAAAAAAAAUGGGUCGACCCCUCUUCUCAAAAUUAUACCAGGUCACCCCCGCUGUGCGAGAGCCUGAGCCUCCUUGCCCUCACGAAAAAUGGUCUUAUUUAAACAAUUUCGAUCCUGACGCCGACGAGUUCUUUGAAAAUGCCGAAUACGAGGCCUUUGUAGAAGCAGCGGAUGUUGCAGCCCAGGAGGAGCAGGAACGGGAUGAAGUUGUGGUCAUCAGGGUGGGCAACACCAGUCCAACUUUCAGCGAGGAGAGUCUUAGCGACAGAGCAAGUCCAAUGGCUGUUGGCGAUGAUCCUGCUCGUCUUAUCGCUGACGCAUACGGUAGUAUUAGGACAGGGGAGUCUGCCCUGAGGGAGGAGUUACGUCGUGCUCCUCCAAGAGGUUCAGUCGGUCCAGA